UGAUGUCAAUUACUUUACUAAUAAUUCAAUUAUUGAUCUAUGUAUUGAUAAACUACAAUCUGACCCUGAUAAACUUUAUUUGACUGACAGCGAAAGUGGUCGCAAAUGGACAAGAGGUCAGGUAUUAAAAAUGGCCCUAAAUUUUGGCCAAUAUUUGCGCCGAGAGUGUGGACUGGAAACGGGAGAUAUUGUUUGUUUGAUUACAUACAACAAUGACAUUCAUAGUAUGGCACUGUUGGGUGUUUUGGCAGCCGGGGGUGUCUAUACUAGUUUACAAAUGUCAUCGACUGAAAAUGAAAUUCAAACUACAGUCUCAACAAUUAAACCAAAUAUUUUGAUUGGAUUUGAAGGAAAUGUUGCUUAUUUAAAACAAAUGAAACAAAAUUUUGACUGCAUCAAGACAAUUCUAAUAUUAAGAGAAAUUACUAAAACUGAUUACACGGACGACAACAACACCAAUGAAUUAUUGAUAACUAAUUUUAUAACAAACACAUUAACAACAAAUAAAUUGUAUACCGAUUCCGAUGAUAACAAUUGUUUUUUGCCGAUUAGCCGAUCGACAGACGAUUGGGCGACAUUGAUAAUGUCGAGCGGAACUACCGGCGCCCAAAAGUCUAUUAUCUGGACCAAUGGCGAAUGGUUGGCCAAUAUGUCUAUUGUCGGACAUAGGGACCAAAAUCCAAUAACCGGUGACGACAUACUGUUAGCCCAGCUAUACUGUCACGGGGCAGGCGUUACUAAUUUGUUUAAAUCGAUAGCUUAUGGAUCGCAAUUAGUUGUUAACAGUUCUGGUAGUAGUAGUAGUAGUAGUAGUAGUAGUAGUUUGGCUACUAAUACAACAAUUAAUUUAUUACAUAAGUAUCGGAUAACCAGUUGUCUGGUCUUACCAAACGAUUUGUUAUAUUUGUUGAACAAUAGCCAGAAAUAUGAUAAACAAUACUUGCAAUCUGUGAGCGACAUACGGGUUAUGGGGUCAGCACUAAGCGGACAACUGUACGACCAAAUCAAACAGUUAUAUGGUUUUGAAAAAUUUAAUUCAAUCUACGCUCUGUCAGAGUGUGGUAUAGUUAUGACUAAACCAUUGAAUAGCGAACAACAUGUGUCGAUACCAACCGAUAGUAUCGGUUGUGUUGUUCCCGGAAUGGAAGUCAAAGUUAUCGAUGAAAGUGGCAAUAGUUUGCCGGCCAAUCAAACGGGACAGUUGUGUAUACGCGGACCGACUAUAAAAGCCGGAUAUUAUGGUAAUAAAGAUGUUUUCACUAAUUUGUUUACAAUCGAUGGUUUCCUAAUGACCGGAGAUAUCGGAUAUUAUGAUGAAAACGAAUUCUUCUAUUUUGUCGACCGAAUCAAAGAUAUUAUCAAAUUUAAUGGAAAAAUUGUAUCGACGAUAGAGUUAGAGAAUCAACUAUUGACUCAUCCGUCCGUCGAAAGGGCGGCCGUUAUCGGUAUCGAUAGCCAACUGUACGGUCAGAUACCCAUGGCUUUUGUUACACUGAAUACCGGUGCCAUCGAUAAGGCCGGGGAUAUCAAAGAGUUUGUCAAUAAACGAGUUGAUGUUAACAAACAGCUCAGGGGUGGCUUAAAAAUAUUGGAUAAAAUGCCCUUGACCAGUUUAGGCAAAAUUAAUAAAUCAAAAUUGAAAACUGACAGCGAAAGUGGUCGCAAAUGGACAAGAGGUCAGGUAUUAAAAAUGGCCCUAAAUUUUGGUCGAUAUUUGCGCCGAGAGUGUGGACUGGAAACGGGAGAUAUUGUUUGUUUGAUUACAUACAACAAUGACUAUCACGGUAUCGGAGUUUUGGGUGUUUUAGCAGCCGGUGGUGUCUAUACUAGUCUAGACAUGACGUCAACUGAAAAUACCGAUUCCGAUGAUAACAAUAGUUUUGUACCGAUUAGCCGUUCGCCGGACGAUUUGGCAACAUUGAUAAUGACAAGCGGAUCUACCGGCGCCCAGAAAGCUGUCAUUUGGACCAAUCGUCAAUGGCUGGCCAAUGUAUCAAUUAGACGUCAUCCGGAAGUAAUGUCGCCAACCGAUAGCUAUGCCGACAAAAUCAUAUUAAGCCGACUGUACUGUCACGGGGCAGUGACAACUAAACCAUUGAGUAGACAACAUGUGUUGACAUCGGCUAAUAAUAUCGGUUGUGUUGUUCCCGGAAUGGAAGUCAAAAUUAUCGAUGAAAGUGGCAACAGUUUGCCGGCCAAUCAAACGGGACAGUUGUGUAUACGCGGACCGACUGUAAGAAUAUCUGUAUCGCCGAUAGAGUUAGAGAAUCAACUAUUAACUCAUCCGUCCGUCGAAAUGGCGGCCGUUAUUGGUAUCGAUAGCGAACUGUACGGUCAGAUACCCAUGGCUUUUGUUACACUGAAUACCGGUGCCAUCGAUAAGGCCGGGGAUAUCAAAGAGUUUGUCAAUAAACGAGUUGAUGUUAACAAACAAUUGAGAGGUGGCUUAAAAAUAUUGGAUAAAAUGCCCUUGACCAGUUUAGGCAAAAUUAACAAAUCAAAA